AUGCAGAUCAACCCCGAGGGCAAGUGGGAGGGCAGCACUCCGGCUGGCGACGACGUGGAGAACCAAAAGCUGAAGGCGGUGGUGCAGUACCUGAUCGACAGCGAAGCCGUCUCGGCGGCGCAGAGCUACUGCUGCCAAUGCGCCGCGGAUAGCCAGGUGUUCGAUAUCGAUUCUGUAAAAGGUGGCGAUAAAUUCAACUACGUGCCCGUUAUCAUGAUGCCCAUUUGUCCAGCCGAUGAAUGUCCUUUUGACAUGGAAUGUGAAGUAAAAAAGAUGAAGGAAGCUACGCCGAAGAAGGAAACGAAGAGGGCCGUACAGUUAGAAGAUACUGCAAAAGAAAAGGCGAAGCAGAAAACCAAGAAGCAUGGAUUUGUAUUGCAAAGAUUAACAGAUUUCGAUCUGUUGUCGCAAUGG